GACGGACUGUUCAGCUCUUUCCCGCGACGGAUCCUGGACGCUUCCGAUCCGAACUGCGCCAUGAACCCUUGACGACGCGGCGCCACCGCUGCGUCCUCGCGCUCGCCGCGUGCGUGGACCGGGCGAAGGAUGUCGCUGGGACGGAAGAAUCGGUGGAAGGGAACGGCAGAACCAUCGAUGUUUCAUCCGAAAGACGGUGCUACUCGGUGGAAGCAGUGGGGAGAAAGGACCAGAUGGUUCGGUUCAUGUGGUCGUUUCAUUCGUUGGUGUCCCCACUUUCCCACGUUCCGACGGCCUUUCAGAUCCACAUGGUACACUCGGUGCGCAGGACCGAGAUCCCCCACCCGGUCCCCCCAAAAAGGGACCCGUCACCGGUGAAGGCAAGAGGUCACGGCACACCGAACGAACAGGCUCACAGCGGCAUGCUGUGCUGCGAUGACAAGUCGUAGACUACUUAUAGGACCCGACUGGGGUACCUAUGGGAUAGUCUAUGAGGUUCAGGGUUGACAGAAUGUGUUGUGGAGGUCGAGACUCACAUGUGCUGCUUUUUUUCGUACGUUGUUGUUUCCACUAAUUUUCUUCACUCUUUCAGGCUCGCCAACCAGGACACGCAUCGAGUACGCUGCAGGCUCGUGGAGUACGCUGCACUGGCCUUGCCGCUGCUCGCUCUCAUUCUGCUGGCCACCAGGAUUUUGUGGUGUCAAGCUCAGUCAUUGCCCAUUAAUAUUUUCCGUGCCUGUUCAGAACCUAGGGACAAAAACAGACAAACCCUUCUAUCCUGAAUCCUGUCUUCAGUAGCAGCCAGGAUCACAGGUGAAGAUACACAAGCUAGGCCGGCUAAGCCCUAUGUUUCACCUAAAAUAGACAUAUAAACAUAUAUAUAUAUACAUACAGUGUCGUACAGUGACGGAUAUCAGUUUUAUCUAUCCAGGUGAUAUCAAAAAUGUUACUGUCGACGAAACCUUGCGACCAGCCCAUGACUCAUGACACUCGCAAUAUUUUUGGAGGAAUCGGUAUAGAAGGUUCCUGACAAAACCCUGACCCUCAACCGGGCGUUCUCUUGUGCGAAACACAACUGCCCAGAUACAAACAGUUGGCAAAGCGAUUUGUUUUCAUGAGCUGUCAUCUCACUAGCGCUGAUUGCAAGUUUAUCUCAAUUUGGCAUUUGCAGUCAGUACUUUCGGCAGCAGUUCCUUGCACCCAGUUUGCCAUGAAGGAGCACAAAGUACAAAACGUCGGCAUACUUAGUUCAUGGGCGUGUGGAAAUGCAGCUGUGAGCAAAGGCUUUGGUUUGAGCAUCCUACAUGUUAAGUUGUCCGACAGUGUCUUGUGAGUGGAAAUCGAAUUACGGCGCCUACUACCUGACUUCGACUCCGCGCUGACCCAAGGGAUUGUCAAAAAUGGUAUGUUCUUGGCAUCCCAUGCACCGUUGGCCGGGUGCAAGCGCCAGGUCACUUUGUGUCCUUUUGGCCAACCCAUCGCGAUGAAAACAUCGAGAUGGAUGACAGCAAGGCAAAUGGGCUAAAGCGCUUGCUGGGGACACGCGAAGCAAGCCAUGCUUUCCAAGAGUAUCGAGGGGAGCCUUCGUAUUGGCUGUGCUGAGGAGUGACUGAAAAGGGGAGGCCAAUCAUCCAAGGAGGCGGCCUCAGUUCUUGCACCGGCUCCACCGCCAUGCUCGCUCGUGUUGGCCUACCGGUCCUGAAGAGGAUUGCUCGCGUUCGCGCUCGCCACCGGUGGCUCAGAGCGCAAGCGAACGCAUCGACCACGGUCGAGUGAUUCCAACCGUUGCACAGCACAGCGGCAAUGAAGCCGUUUCGCCGCGACACAAGGAACGGACCGGUGGUCGGAUUCGGUUGGAAAGUGCUUUUCUAAAAAUAGUGUUCAGUAUAGACUGUAUCAUAGUAAUUAGUCAUGCAUGUAUAGUACUUCUGCAGAAAGAGUUAUAUAGCGACUUGAAGUGAGUGCGUGCCCGGGCGCGGAAUUGCAUGUAUUUCGUUGUGAAGAAUGCACACAAACGAGCACGGAAUAGUGGAGGAAUGCAACUCAAAAUGAACCUUGUUAAGAGGGCAACAUAGUUCGAAAAAGGUGGAAGUGGAGUGGCCCUGCCAUUUCAAGCUGCUGCAAGAAACUCUCAGAAUUGUUUUUAACAGAAACUCUCUCAGGUAAUCUAAGGUUCAAUGUAUGUGUUCGUGGGUGUAUUCUUUCCAAAUAGCAAUCUCAAGAUUUGCAAGAUCUUGUAAGUUCUGGUGGGCUGAGCCAACUUAACGAUGCAGUUUUGCGCCGUUUGCUGCGAGUAUGAUGAUGUCUGAUGGGCAAAAGAAUGGCGAACUGUCUAUUAUAAUGGCAAUAAGUUGAGAAUGAAUGAGACUAAAUGAUCUGGCAGCAUUCCAGCCAGAGAAAUCUGGUUCUUGUGACAACCGGGAGAAGAUUUGUCAUUCCUCGAAACCCGAAACCGAAAGGGAUGGGCUCUUGUUUGAAAGGUGGCUUGUGGCGCGCGUUUGGAGCAAGCGGAAGAGGCGAAGCUGGGCUGGAACAGCGCAGCUGCCGCUCCGCACGGCGGUGGUGCUGGGCUCCGGCGGCCACACCAUGGAGAUGUUGUCGCUCCUCAAAGAGGUGGAUCAAGAGAGGUAUCGAUGUGAUUUCAUCAUGGCCCAGACAGACUCGAGCUCCCUGAAAAAGGUGCAAGCCACGCGGCCGGACCUCGCGAAGGACCUCACGCGUUUCCACGUGAUCCCACGCAGCCGCGAGGUGGGCCAGUCCUGGAGCUCCUCGCUGCUCACGACCGCUCAGGCCUUCCUUGCUUGCCUUGGACUCGUCUGGGAGUUGAAUCCCCAGGUGCUGCUAGUGAAUGGCCCUGGCACUUGCUUCCCCGUGGUGGCCGCCGUGCUUCUCUUCGAGCUCAUCGCCUUCCGGCGGGUGUCGCUGAUCUUUGUCGAAAGUGUUUGCCGGGUUAAGAGCUUGUCCAUGAGUGGCAAGCUGAUCUAUCCCUUUGCGGAUGCCUUCCUGGUGCAUUGGCCUGAGCUCGUUGAAAGGUAUGCGAAAGCGCAAUAUCUGGGCAUAUUAUUUUGAAGGAAAACAAUAAUACAUAGAAAAUCAAUA